ACUCGCCCUUCGCCCUCUGCAGCGGCUGAUUGGCCCGCGGGGUCUCCGCGUUCGAUUUGGGAAGGUUGAUUUAGCUGCUCGCUGUAAGGCUGUGGCCGAGGAUUGGCUGUUGAGGGGCUCAGCGCACUUUCUCCGGAGAACUGUGGCUGCGAUCCAGGUGGCCCGGCCAGGCUCCGGGCUGCGUUCUGCCCGCCUCGGGCAGCCAAGGCAACCAGGGUUACCUAUGCCUCCCUGAGAGGAGGUAGGAUGGAGAAAUUAUUGACUAGCUGUGGAACUAAUGUCGUGCUACAGAGAAUGCCCCCAUUGUACACGUCUGUGCUGCCUGUGCACUGGCUGGGUGAGGCGUGAAGCAUGUCUUAAAUCUUUGUACAUUUCUUCCUCUAAUGCCUGACUCAAAAGCACCUGUGAUGGGGACCCCGGCCUCUGUGGUGAGUGAGCCACCCCUGUGGCAGGUUUCAACUGAGGCCCGGGGCCGUAAGCAGGCCUCUGCCAACAUCUUCCAGGAUGCCGAGCUGGUACAGAUCCAGGGCCUGUUCCAGCGCAGUGGGGACCAGCUGGCUGAAGAGCGGGCCCAGAUCAUCUGGGAAUGUGCAGGGGAUCACCGUGUGGCUGAGGCCCUGAGGAGGCUGCGCAGGAAAAGGCCCCCGAGGCAGAACCACUGCAGCCGGCUGAGAGCACCAGAGCCUGGAUCUACAGCGGCCGACUCACAGGACAGCACCACUGAUGAGGCCACUGGCGAGCAGAUUGGGAACUCCCGGAGGACAAGUGCCAGAGUCCACCGAAACUGGAAUAAGCCGGGUCCCACAGGUUACCUCCACCAGAUCAGACACUGACCCAGUGAAGGGUUGGGGAGGUCCUCCCCAGAUACUGCAGGGACUUUUGCCAAAAGGCUUAUGGAGUUGCAAGGAGGAGUCCUGAGCAGGGCCCUGUCUAGGCGAUGAAAGCAGUAGUAAGAAUGUUGUCCUCAGUUCAGAUCGGAACCAGCAUUCACUGGACUCUGCCCUGUAUGGAACCUGUUCUUACCAAGCGAGGUGAUGCCUCAGACCUCACAGCAGAACUGGGCUGCAGGGCGUUCCCCUGGGGUAAACUAACUGCCAGCCGCUGUCACCGUGCAGCAGCCAGCUGUCCACACCCUUGUGCCACAGGCCAGUGCACAGAGAAAACUUGUUGAAGUGAAAAAUAAAACAUUUACAUCAACA